CAGGUGUGACUGUGAUGUCAAACAAAAGUCAGGUAGUCGGACGAAUAGGAAGCUGACGCGUGUGUUUUUGCGUUUCCCGCGUUAUUGACAGUUACACUGUUAAUAAACCUAUGCUCUAUUGAAGAAGGCUAAGAGGCUUCUUUUGCUUCUCUUAGAACUUUCCCCGCUCGAUGUUCUCCGCGCGACGAUUUUGAUAAACCCUAAUUCCCCAAUCGCCUAUCGUCAAUUUCUGGGCGCGGGAUGAAGAUACAAGCCGGCAAGAAGGCGAUUCAUCCUUUCAACGAAGUUGACAACGUUGAGGAAGACGGGGAUGACGAAUCUUCUUCAGAUGGCAAGCGGUUGUGGGAGAUCCGGGAAAAAGAAGAUCAGAAAUGGAUCGAUGAACAUGAGACAGAGGAUGGAGAUUUGGAUCAUCUGAAUAAUGUGAUUACUGAAACUGCCGAGCCGCCUCCUGAUUUGAUUAUUCCGCUGUUAAGGUACCAAAAGGAGUUUUUAGCAUGGGCAACAAAACAGGAACAAUCAGCUGUAAGAGGAGGCAUUCUCGCAGACGAGAUGGGGAUGGGAAAAACCAUACAAGCCAUCUCUCUUGUUCUUGCCAGACGUGAAGCUGCCAGGGCUCUGUUUAGAGAAACAAUGGGGCUCACCCUUGUAAUUUGUCCUCUUGUUGCUGUUUCUCAGUGGUCAGAUGAGAUUGAGCGGUGUACAUCCCCGGGAAGCGCCAAGGUCCUUGUAUACCAUGGGGCUAAGAAAGUGAAGAAUGCUGAAGAGUUCAAGAAGUACGACUUUGUAUUGACAACAUAUUCUACGCUUGAGAGUGGAUACAGGGGAUGCAUCGUGUCGUCCAAGACUGAACAAACAUUAGAGGAAGAUCAGAUUGGUAAAGUGGUCAGAGAGAAGCCUAUUUUUCACUCUAUUAGGUGGAAUCGGAUCAUUUUGGAUGAGGCUCAUAACAUCAAAGAAAGACGUAGCAAAACUGCGAGAGCUGUUUUUGCUUUGGAGGCUAAGUACAGAUGGGCUUUGAGCGGUACCCCUUUCCAGAAUAAUAUUGGAGAGCUUUAUUCUCUGGUUCGCUUUCUGCAAAUUCGUCCAUACUCGUAUUACCUUUGCAAGGACUGUGACUGUGAACUUCUUGAUUUCCCUACGAAUUCAAGGUGUCAGUGCUCUGAUAACGCAUGGCGACAUUUUUGUUGGUGGAACAAGAACUUUGUGAAUAUGAUCAAGGGAAACGCGGAACGAAUAAAGCGAGCCAUGAUAUUUCUUAAGCACAAAAUUCUGAAAGACAUCCUCAUAAGACGUACUAAAUUGGGCCGGUCAGCUGAUCUUGCCCUUCCUCCUAGAAUCAUCACUCUGAGGCGGGAUGCACUAGAUAUAAAAGAGUUUGAUUACUAUGAAUCACUAUACAAACAGAGUCAAGCGCAAUUUAAUACGUAUGUUGAGGCUGGGACAUUGAUGACUAACUAUGCACAUAUAUUUGAUCUUCUUACCCGUCUUAGACAGGCUGUUGAUCAUCCAUACCUUGUGGUGUAUUCACAAGCUAGUGGUGCCAAUGCUAACUUGAAUGAUGAGAACAAAAAGGAGAGCGAAUGCGGUCUCUGCCACGAACCGGCUGAGGACAGCGUUGUGACUUCUUGUGCGCAUGUGUUCUGUAAAGCUUGUUUGAUUGAUUUCUCUGCAUCCCUGGGAAAAGUCAGCUGCCCGACAUGCUCGAAACUACUGACUAUGGAUUUGACUACCAACGCUGACACAGAGCAACAGGCGGAAAGCAAGACAACACUUAAAGGAUUGAGAGCCUCAAGCAUUAUGAAUCAGUUAAAGCUCGAUGAUUUCCAAACAAGUACAAAGAUAGAGGCUUUGAGGGAAGAAAUCAGGCUCAUGGUUGAAAGAGAUAGGUCUGCCAAAGCAAUUGUUUUCAGCCAAUUCACAUCAUUUUUGGAACUGAUAGACUACACCCUCGGGAAGUGUGGGGUUAGUUGCGUUCAACUGGUGGGAACAAUGUCCAAGGCAGCUAGAGAUGUUGCCAUCAAUAAAUUCAGAGAAGAUCCAGAUUGCAAAGUUUUCUUGAUGAGUAUGAAAGUUGGAGUGGUUGCUCUCAACCUAACAGUUGCCUCGCAUGUGUUCAUUAUGGAACCGUGGUGGAACCCAGCGGUUGAGAGGCAAGCACAAGACAGAAUACAUAGGAUCGGACAGUACAAGCCAAUCAGGGUUAUGAAAUUCAUAAUAGAGAACACAGUGGAGGAAAGGAUUCUGAAGCUUCAAAAGAAGAAGGAACUUUUGUUUGAAACGGCCGUUGAUGGUUCUCAGCGGGGCAUAGGAAAGUGGACAUCUGAAGAUUAUAAGUUUCUGUUUACCACCUAACUGAAUCUAUCAGAAUAUAAACGUUUUUGUAUGUGGGAUCAUAAGACAUUUGAUGAUGACUCAUCUAUGAUUUGAUACUCCCUUGCAAGAGAUUACAAUAUUUCUCUGAUGAAAUCAAGGUUAAGCGUGUCCUUGACAAUGAGAAACAAACCAAGAAAUAUCACAAGCAAGAUUCCAGACGA